AUGGAGAAUGACGUCGAGCCUGAUCUCGUCCUUCAUUCCAUUCCUAAUCUCGUCUCCGCAGAUAUUCAUCUACCCUCUCUUCAUGCACUUCACUCAUACACCUGCACGCAGUUAGCACUUGCCUAUGAGGAGGUGAAUGACUAUGCAAGCUACAUGACCUACAAACAACGUACAUUCAACCUCGAAGGCAAGCUAAAUUCCCAGUGGUCUCGCGAUCUCGGUGCAACCGGCCGUCUCAGGAUCCAAAACAAGCUCCAUUGCUGUGGGUAUUACUCCCCCUUCGUCGAAGCUACUGUCUCCCAAAGCUGUUACGCCCGCUCCGUCCUCCCAGGGUGCAAAGAAGCAUACGUCAACUUUGAGAAAUGCGCCUUGGACUUCUGGUACACUAUCGCUUUCCCCCUGGUGCCGCUCCAGCUCGUAAUCAUGCUUGCGGGUCUCUUGUGCUCAAACCACGUAACCUACCGCUUCGGUAAAGGCAUGAUGCCCAAGGCCUAUAGGCUCAGCAUGGCAAGUAUGGCUGUCAUCAUGGAUAAUUAUGCCAACCAACUGGCGGAACAAUACGGCAGCGAAAUCGCGUCUGAUAUCUUAGCGCGGUCUUGGCACCUUGAUUCUGUGACAUAUGCCUCCGGCGUUGCGAACGGGACAGGCACAACAUAUGCACUUUCUCAAGGCAGCUGCCGAAUGCUGGCUGCACGUUCUUGA